GGAGCUUUCCCGGUCCCCGGCGCCGCCUCCUUCCCUCCCGGCUCCCCGCUCCCGCGGCCGCCGCCGCCCCGGGGAAGGAGAGACGGGGGUGGGGUUUGGGGGAGGUGAGACCGAAGGGAGAGACCCUGGCCGGGCUGGAGAGCGGAUUCGCCGGGAGGAGGGUCGGGAGGAGGGGAAGGUGGAGCAAGGGAGGAGGGGGGAGCCGGGAGGAGCGGCCGGGCCUGGGGCCUUGAGGCCCGGGAGAGCCGGGGAGCCGGGCCGGCGCGCCGAGAUGCUGCUGUUGCUGCUGCUGGCGCCGCUCUUUCUCCGCCCCCCGGGCGCGGGCGGGGCGCAGACCCCCAACGCCACCUCUGAAGGUUGCCAGAUCAUACACCCGCCCUGGGAAGGGGGCAUCAGGUACAGGGGCCUGACUCGGGACCAGGUGAAGGCCAUCAACUUCCUGCCCGUGGACUAUGAGAUUGAGUAUGUGUGCCGGGGGGAGCGCGAGGUGGUGGGGCCCAAGGUGCGCAAGUGCCUGGCCAACGGCUCCUGGACAGAUAUGGACACACCCAGCCGCUGUGUCCGAAUCUGCUCCAAGUCUUAUUUGACCCUGGAAAAUGGGAAGGUUUUCCUGACGGGUGGGGACCUCCCAGCUCUGGACGGAGCCCGGGUGGAUUUCCGAUGUGACCCCGACUUUCAUCUGGUGGGCAGCUCCCGGAGCAUCUGUAGUCAGGGCCAGUGGAGCACCCCCAAGCCCCACUGCCAGGUGAAUCGAACGCCACACUCAGAACGGCGCGCUGUGUACAUCGGGGCGCUGUUUCCCAUGAGCGGGGGCUGGCCGGGGGGCCAGGCCUGCCAGCCCGCGGUGGAGAUGGCGCUGGAGGACGUGAAUAGCCGCAGGGACAUCCUGCCGGACUAUGAGCUCAAGCUCAUCCACCACGACAGCAAGUGUGACCCAGGCCAAGCCACCAAGUACCUGUACGAGUUGCUCUACAACGAUCCCAUCAAGAUCAUCCUUAUGCCUGGCUGCAGCUCUGUCUCCACGCUUGUGGCUGAGGCUGCCAGGAUGUGGAACCUCAUUGUGCUUUCCUACGGCUCCAGCUCACCAGCUCUGUCGAACCGACAACGCUUUCCUACCUUCUUCCGAACUCACCCAUCGGCUACACUCCACAAUCCCACCCGGGUGAAACUCUUCGAGAAGUGGGGCUGGAAGAAGAUCGCCACCAUCCAGCAGACCACUGAAGUCUUCACCUCGACUCUGGACGACCUGGAGGAGCGGGUUAAGGAGGCUGGAAUUGAGAUUACCUUUCGUCAGAGUUUCUUCUCGGAUCCAGCUGUGCCCGUCAAAAACCUUAAGCGCCAGGAUGCCCGGAUCAUCGUGGGACUUUUCUACGAGACUGAAGCCCGGAAAGUUUUUUGUGAGGUGUACAAGGAGCGGCUCUUUGGGAAGAAGUACGUCUGGUUCCUCAUCGGGUGGUAUGCUGACAAUUGGUUCAAGAUCUAUGACCCGUCCAUCAACUGCACAGUUGACGAGAUGACCGAGGCGGUGGAGGGCCACAUCACCACUGAGAUCGUCAUGUUGAACCCGGCCAACACUCGCAGCAUUUCCAACAUGACGUCCCAGGAGUUUGUAGAGAAACUGACCAAACGACUAAAACGACACCCCGAGGAGACGGGAGGCUUCCAGGAGGCACCCCUAGCCUAUGAUGCCAUCUGGGCCUUGGCACUGGCCCUCAACAAGACGUCCGGAGGGGGCGGCCGUUCGGGCGUGCGCCUGGAAGACUUCAACUACAACAACCAGACCAUAACUGACCAAAUCUACCGGGCAAUGAACUCCUCGUCCUUUGAGGGUGUUUCUGGCCAUGUGGUGUUUGAUGCCAGCGGCUCUCGGAUGGCAUGGACGCUCAUCGAGCAGCUGCAGGGUGGCAGCUACAAGAAGAUUGGCUAUUAUGACAGCACCAAGGAUGACCUUUCCUGGUCCAAAACAGAUAAGUGGAUUGGAGGGUCCCCUCCAGCUGACCAGACCUUGGUCAUCAAGACGUUCCGCUUCCUGUCACAGAAACUCUUUAUCUCCGUCUCCGUUCUCUCCAGCCUGGGCAUUGUUCUAGCUGUUGUCUGUCUGUCCUUUAACAUCUAUAACUCCCAUGUCCGUUAUAUCCAGAACUCACAGCCCAACCUGAAUAAUCUGACUGCUGUGGGCUGCUCACUAGCAUUAGCCGCCGUCUUCCCCCUCGGGCUGGAUGGUUACCACAUCGGGAGAAGUCAGUUCCCUUUCGUCUGCCAGGCCCGCCUCUGGCUCCUGGGUUUGGGCUUUAGCCUGGGCUACGGCUCCAUGUUCACCAAGAUCUGGUGGGUCCAUACAGUCUUCACAAAGAAGGAGGAAAAGAAAGAGUGGAGGAAGACCCUGGAGCCCUGGAAGCUGUACGCCACGGUGGGCCUGUUGGUGGGCAUGGACGUCCUCACCCUUGCCAUCUGGCAGAUCGUGGACCCCCUGCACCGGACCAUUGAGACUUUUGCCAAGGAGGAGCCGAAGGAAGAUAUUGACGUGUCUAUUCUGCCCCAGCUGGAGCACUGUAGCUCCAAGAAGAUGAACACGUGGCUUGGCAUCUUCUAUGGUUACAAGGGGCUGCUGCUGCUGCUGGGUAUCUUUCUUGCUUAUGAGACCAAGAGUGUGUCCACUGAGAAGAUCAAUGACCACCGGGCUGUGGGCAUGGCCAUCUACAAUGUGGCGGUUCUGUGCCUCAUCACUGCCCCGGUCACCAUGAUCCUGUCCAGCCAGCAGGAUGCUGCCUUUGCCUUCGCCUCUCUCGCCAUAGUUUUCUCCUCCUAUAUCACCCUGGUGGUGCUCUUUGUGCCCAAGAUGCGCAGGCUGAUCACCCGAGGGGAGUGGCAGUCGGAGGCACAGGACACCAUGAAGACAGGGUCCUCGACCAACAACAACGAGGAGGAGAAGUCCAGGCUGUUGGAGAAGGAGAACCGCGAGCUGGAGAAGAUCAUCGCCGAGAAAGAGGAGCGCGUCUCUGAACUGCGCCAUCAGCUCCAGUCUCGGCAGCAGCUCCGAUCCCGGCGUCAUCCUCCGACACCCCCAGACCCCUCGGGGGGCCUGCCCAGGGGGCCCCCUGAGCCCCCUGACCGGCUUAGCUGUGAUGGAAGUCGAGUCCACUUGCUUUACAAGUGAGGGAGGUGUGAGGGGGGACAGGCGAGUAGGGGGAGGCAGAGGGGGAAGGAGGGGAGCUCGGGGACGAAGCAGGGGAUCGGGACCCUAGGUGGGAAGAACACCGUUCCAUCCCAUCUCUUGUAAAUACCUGCUCCUCUUGAGUCCCAGAGUCCCAGGUUCCAGCGUCGUGUGAGUCUCCAGUGCUCUGGGAGCCAGGCCCUGUUCUCUCAUUCAUUUGAAUCAUUGUCUAUCUCUACUUCAUAAUCAAGUUUGUACCCAGCUUGAAGCUUCUCACUCACUGGCUCCUUGGUGCCUCACGACACACACCCCCUCUUCUUUUCCUCUGGUUGCCACGACAGCCCAGCAGACCCCUCGCCUUUGUGCUCUGCUCCCACCGUGGCAACAGAGCCUGGCCCUUUCUCUCACCAUCCUCAUCUCCUUCCAACCCACUUGCGCCAUGUCUUAUCCCUCUUGAAUUUAGCUUUUGCAAGGCACUCACUCUUUUUGUCAAGGGUCACAUGCUCCUUCCCUCUUCCCAACACACAUCUAUCCUCCCUGUUCUCACUUUGCUGUUUGCACGUGUUUCACAUGUGCUCUCUCCAUUCUUCCUGUGGCCACACGUGCCCUGCUGUGUUGCCUCCCCUCAUGGCUGCGUGUGCCCCCUCAUGGUCAUGCAUAUGCCCUUGGGAGAGCUGUGUGGGUGGGCAUGUGCCAUUUGUACACGUCUAAGUUUACCUGUGCACUUGCCCCGUGUGCCCUCGUGUACCCUCUUCUUUUUGCACCUUAAAAUCAUUGUGUUCUUCCAGCAGAGCCAUAUGCACCCACCCUGCACAUUGUUACACACUUUCCCCCAUUCCCAUCUGGUGUGGCCGUCCCCGUCUGGGUCCACAUCACGGUUUCUGCUCGCACUCACCCUGCUCUCCUUUGCGCUCUGGAGCAUCCCUGUCCACACUCACAAUCCUCCUCUACAAGAGUGUUCCCUUCGGUUUUGUAUUUUUCUGAGGGCAAGAAGGGAGAAGAAAUGGGGGCAGGUUUGGGGAGCUGCUUGCAGUGGGUAGUUGGUGAGAAGCCUGACCAAAGGAAGGCACCCCUGCCUGUGGAGGCAGAAGAUGGUCCUGUGUGGCGGGAGAUGGGGUCCUUUUUGCACUGUGGUGUCUUGGGGGAAGGAGCUCCCCAAAUCUCAAUAAACCAGUGAAUGGAGUGACUCA